AUGUCGAACGUCAAGCAAGAGGACAAGAAACUCCCCCAGGUGACUUUUGUGGGAACAACCCCUGACACCAUGAGCCAGAGCAAGGAGGGCGGGAGCAAGGACGCAACAACGCAUGUUGAAUCUGCCUCCCAAAUCGUUGAUGAGGGCUGCCGCCCUGAGCAAGCUCGCACUAUGAACCAGGAGGGGGUGUCUGGUUCGGAUCUUUCUGCAGGACCAAGCAUCGAGAACGAAGAGGCUAAGCCAGAUCUCUGCUCCGAGCAGCAGCCGUCAGUCGCAUCAGAACUUCCUAGUGCAGAUUUUGGGGGCGUCACCCAUCUUCGCUCCCCAAUCUCACCAUCCUACUACCCAUCCUCACCACCGGGUUCGCCAUGGAAUGGUCCAAAUUCACCAGCUUAUAGCCCAAAUCCGCCAAACUUCUCCAGCACCUCACCACCGUAUUCUCCAUCUUCGCCACCCUACAACGCCCCGGGUUCGCCAAAUCUUCCAUCUUCACCUCAAUAUGGCGGUGGAGGCUACUCUCCAUCUUCGCAACCCACUGCCCGAGGUUCGCGCACUCCAGAGUCAUAA